UAUUUUGAAAUUUGGAUCCUGGCUCGAGUUGGUCAUUAUUAACACGUCUGGUCUACAGCCUUUUCUGCCCCCGCGACCGCUCGUAAAGAUAUUUAAAAGAAAAAGAUGUCUGACGUUAGGUUUGACGCCUCCACGCAUGUCACCAAGGUUUGGGUCGCCCUCAGAAGACUCGACAAAAACGAUGACAGAGUUGUGGCUCUCCGCGAGGUGUCAAUUCCUCAGGCGGACGACAUGUCCUCCGUCGAACAGAUCAUCGCCGUCUCCUUCGGCCUGGACUCUUCAGAUGUUGUAUUCAAGAUUAGAAAUCAGCGUGGAUGUCUGAUCCCGCUGAACAGUUCUGUCCCAGCAAACAGCAAGCACAUGCCCUACUUGCUUGAGGUAGCCAAGAUUUUUCAGCAUGUGCGGCCCAACCCUAAAAGUAUUCCCAUGACUGUGAUCAACAAGAGCAUGAAGACCAGACUGCUCUCAGUCGACAAGAGGAUUCAGAGACUUGAGGAACUUCUGCCUCAAAUAAAAGAGAGACGUAAUGAAAAAUUGAGCCAGGAGAUUGAAUGUCUGAACCAGAAAUUGAUGUUUCUUCACAAGAGAAUGCAGGUGGCGGACUCGCUCACGUGGAAAGGAAUGCUAACCCGACCGCCUCUGUGGUGAACGAUCGUCUGAAACCUGUCAAUCAAGUCACGACGUCACAAGUGAAAAAUGGCUCGGCACACAGUAUUUAAGGGAUUUGGACUGAGAAACAAUGGGAUUGAGAAUUUACAUUUUAAGACAGUGUAUAUUUUCUUUGAAAAAGUUAAAGAUUUUUUUAUUUUUAUUUUUGAGGAAUAAAGAAAAAAUUGUCACAAUCCAGGAAAUUAAAAUGUUGUAAUUUAAAAUGUUUCAUUAAUAGGUAAGGAAUAAUCAGAAGUAUUUGAAUGCUUAUUUCAUAAAGUAAUCAAGUAUUUUAUACAUUUUUAUUUUAUGUAUUUUUAAUAUAUUCAUUUUUUUUCGUAUAGCUGUAAAGCCCCUUUUGUGUUAUCAUACACCCAAUAUGUACCGUAAAUGGUCAUAACAAAUCAGAACG